AUGACGAAUCCUCCGCAGACGCUCCUCGAACGGCUCCUGAUGAAACUCCAUCCAUUGGAUCGACUGAAUUGCGCCUUGACGUGCCGUCUAUGGGCUGACGUCGUAUCCAAACUGCCCAUGUCGGAAGAGAUCGACUUCGUUGUCCGAGGUCCGGAGGUGGAGCCCGUUCAGGAGGCAAUGGUCGAGAGCCAGCGUAUGUGCGGGAACCUGAUAUUCCAGAGAGCCAAACUUUACGAGUUCGAUCCAAAGUUCUGGGGCAAAUUCGGCGAAAACCUCAGAGAAUUGCAGCUCAUGGGAUGUGAUUGGUCACACGAAGUUCUGCAUUCGAUCCUCCAAUCUUGCCCGAAUUUGGAAAGCCUCAACAUCCGACUACAAGAUGGGCGCCGUAAUUACUGUGAUCGGAAGAACAGAGAAUCUGACUCCUAUGAUGGUGGCGACCGCGAGCCCCUACUCAGGCUGCGACACUUUUCUCUGAACACGGAGGACGCGGCAUAUUGGGAGAUAGAAACACUCGAACGCAUAAUAGACUUGAUGCCCAAUCUCACGUCCUUGUCUCUGGAGGUCCCCCGAAUAGAACACAUCGCAGACAUAGCCGAGUGUAUGUCCGAAUUGGGGCUCAACCUGACCCAGUUGAGGGUUAGGACCAGCGAGCUCGAAGAGUUUCUGGUGAAAGCAAUCUUGGAAGACUUCUCGAAUUCUCUCGAAGACCUCUUGCUGCAACCAUGCUCGGAGCUGACCGACGAGAGCUACGACGCUCUCGCUGCCUGCACCAAACUCCGAAAUCUGACUCUUUGUAAUGCUCUACGUAUGGAGAAUCGGCACCUGAAGAAACUCGCGCUCAGCGCGCCCGAUUUGGAAGUCUUGGAAAUUGAGAACUCACGUCUUCUUACAGAGGAUUGCUUAUUUUAUAUCGGCGGUUUGACGAAACUCCGCCAUCUGCGAUUCAGCGCUUGUAAUCUCAUUGACUUCAGCGGCGUACGCGUUGAGGGCUGCCCUCCGCUCAAAACUCUCAGGCGUCUGGAAUUAGGAUUGUCCUCUUUCACGAGUCUCGAUGACAUACACCAAUUAUUGAGUUUCGAGAAUCUCCGUUCGUUGAUCCUGCCCCACAAUCAUAUCCAGCCGGAGGAUUUCGCAUUCAUUAUCCAAAGCUCGAGUCAACUCGAGAGGCUUGAGCUGCUAUGUGGCAAGCUCAGCGAUCACGACGGAUCCAAACUCCAUCUCCUCAAGAAUCUCAAGAGUCUGAGUCUCAUGGAUGCCGAUGGAUUCACACACCGAACUUUCGAGAAAGGUGUCGGAUCACCUGAUAUGGAAAGUUUGCUCAUCGACUCACAAACUUUGACGGAUCGAGCAAUGGCCUGCAUCGCGACUCAUCAUGCUCGCUUGAAGCAUCUUGCCCUUCUGUAUAGCGAAAAAGUCAGCGACGCUGCUCUGUUGAAUCUACUCGAACAUGAACCUAAUCUCCGGACCCUCCGACUCGACUAUUGCUCGUUCUGGAAUGAUACCCUCGAAGGGCUCGUGAAGCUGUGUCCACAGCUGAACCGCAUCUGGAUGGAGGACGGACUCUACACAGAAUAUACGAGGAGUCGUUUCUCGAGAAUGAGACCCUCGAUUUAUUCUCAUCAAUUGCAUUGA